GUGUCAAAGUCAAAAGUUAUUUCUUACAUUCAAAACAAAAACAAACAUUAGCUCAUCUAACAUUAAAAUGUAAAAGAAUCUCUUUUAAUCAUAGUUUUUGUAAUUAGGAGGACUGACAAAUCAACAUCAUGUCAGAUCCAGCGAUUUACCAACAAUAUUUGGAAAGUUUAAAGGAUACUGUAGAAGGCCUAUUAGUCACCCAAGUGGCAAAUGUUUGGUCAAUAUAUGGAGGCCUUAACAGACUUUAUUUAUGUUUGGAAAAAAUAUUUAGACACGGAUGCAAAAACACUUCACAGGAAGGCUACUUUUAUAAUUUUAUUCAAGGAUUGGAGUGGCUGCAACCAGCUCCAAUAAAAUCCUACUUUUCAUUGGACUGUGAGUACCGCCCAUAUGUACCUUCAGUGCUUAAGGAUGACAAAUCAGCUAUAUGGCUCUUUCGUGUAUUAGAAUCUCACUCUUUAUGCGUUAAAUUAUCUUGGUUGCUAUCUGAUGAAGCCCACCUGCAUUCUUGUUAUGAGCCAUGGGCAUUUCUAUGCCAAAAAGAUUAUACUGAUGCUACUUUAAUAUGCUUAAGGGCAGUGGAGAAGAACCAGGCCACCUACUUGUCUGAGAUAGACCCACGGUUAUUUGUAAAACAUGCCGCAACAUCACAAUUUUCUAAAAGUCACAGACGGUGCUCAUCUUUUCCUAUUAAAUAUUCUACUAGAACUAAAAGUGGUGCUAAAUGGGAUGUUGUUGAUUCACCCAGAGAAAAAAAAAUGGUUUUAGGUAAAUUAAAGCCAUGGUCCAGUUUACCAGCCCUACAAAUAGACAGCUCUAUUAAAUGUAGUAAAAAGGUGCAUUUUACUAACAAAACUACACCAAAUACUCCAUUGCAUAGCAAGAAAAUCUCUCCAAAUAUGCUAAAAGUUGAUUAUAGUAAAUAUAAGGUACCAACAAAAAAAUGUCUUAAGAAAGUCAAGGCGAAACCAGUUUUAAUUAAUAAUAGUGACAUAAUUGAGUAUGCACCACCACUAAGCAGUAGUCAUAGCAGUGGAGCAGCUCAAGACGAGUUUAUGAAUAGUAGUUGUGCAUCAAGCAGUGUGCAGGGGGAGAAAAAAAAGGGAUUUUUUUCGCAAAGUCCUUUAUUUAUGGUUGAGUACAGCUUUUUGCCUAUGCAAGGCGAAAAAGACUAUAGUAGAAGGCGUCCAAAAAGCUUUAUAGAAGAUGGCGGCAUGAGUAUCCUACCAAUGUCUACUGGUCAAGGAUACUUACCCAAACCUAUCAAAGGCCAAACUUUGACCUCUUACUUGACAUCAAGCAAAAUGGCACGCAGCAAUGCAGAAUUAGACAGAGAAAAUGCACAUUUUAGUGUUUCAGAAGCCAUUAUUUCUGCUAUGGAGAAAUUGAAGUGUCAGUAUAGAGAACAUGUGGGAUAUUUUGAUUCAAAAAUGCAUAGUGACAGCGAUGAGAGUGAGGCAAAAUUGUUAAAUGAUUUAAAGCAAAGGAUAAGGUUAAGAAAAAGACAAAAAUUGACAAACAGUAGGUAUCUUAAAGAAGACGGAGUUUUGAGUGAUGGAAAGACUGAUACAAUAACUACUGCUAGUCCAUCAUCAACUCCAUCUGAUUCUUUUACUGAUUGGAGCAGUACAGAUGAAGAAGAUAUACAGGACGUAGAAAUCGAAGAAGCUAAUAAUUUGAGAGAAAACUUAGAAGGUUUAUCAAUGUCAAUGGCAUCUCUGUACUCAGAAGCAGAUAUCUUUAAAAAUCCCAGGGGCGUGCCAGAUGGAGCCUCUGAAAUUGUCGCAGCAAAAUCACCGGACGACGUAUUGAGUCCCGAAGGAGUCGCUUUAUCACUUAUUAGCAAAUUUAAUGAGAAACAUUUGCCCAAAGCUUCGGAUUUAGAAUGGUUGGUGUCGGAAAAAGAUGCGCCGCAAGCGUUACUUCCUUUACCGCAAAGCUGGCCGGUCAAUCCAGAUGAUUGUGAACCAAAUUCAACGAUGCUUUUGCGCGGUACUAGAAAUUGGGCCCCACCCAGACCCCAAAUUGUUCUUUCUUUACUACCUGUUCCUGUUCGGAAAGAGCAGAUGGAAAAGCAAAACUACAAAUGUGCCGGUUGCGGAAUGACGGUAGCAACCCAAUAUGCCUCCAAAUUUCGCUAUUGUCAUUAUUUGGGUAAAUAUUUUUGCACCGGCUGCCAUAAAAAUCAGGUGGCCCUCAUUCCGGCGCGGAUUUUGCACAAAUGGGAUUUUAAUAGAUAUCCGGUGUCUACGUUUUCUUUCAAACUACUGGAACAAAUGUAUUCGGAUCCGCUAUUUCGAAUAUUUGAAAUUAACAAAAAUAUCGGGAAAUUUACGAAAAAUUUGGAGUUUAUACGAAAAUAUAGGCGAGGACUUUCGUACCUUAAGGAAUACAUUUUUAGUUGUCGAUUUGCUGAAACGGCCCAAGAAAGACUGGAACAGGACCUUCCCGCUUAUUUCUUAUCGAAACCUGACGAAUAUUCUAUCGACGAUUUAGUCAAUAUUAAAAAUGGCGAUUUAAAGACUAGACUUAAAUUUUUGGUGGAUAUUUGUUUAAGGCAUACAUCAGAAUGCUCACUUUGUUUGGCACGUGGGUACAUAUGCGAACAUUGUCGGGCAAAUGAAGUGAUUUUUCCAUGGCAAAUGAAACUAGUUACCAGGUGCUUAAAAUGUGGAACUUGUUACCACACAGAGUGCUGGAAAAAAUGCGAACAAAUCAAUAAAUGCUCUAAAUGUUUUAGAAAGUCGGAGAGAAACAAAAACGUGAACACUACUGUGUGAUCGGUUGGUAACUUCUUAUAUUUUAUAGUCAAUGCAUAUUAGGAUUUAAUAAAGACUUAUUAACAUAUUCAUACCAAAGUAAAAGUAUUUGUACCUAAAUGUUAAAUAGAUAAUAGUUGUUUAUUAAUUUAUACAUUUUAUAAGCAACUUUAUUUUUGUUACAAAAUUAAUUAUUUUAUUAAUAAAAUGUGUUUAUGUGUUUA